AUGACAGCAACGAGAAGUGAAGAAUAUCAAGAUUAUAAAAGUGCACUAAAUGAUUUGAAAAUUAAUAGUAAACCAAUGAUUAAUAUGUUAACAAUAUUAGCGGAAGAAAAGCUCAGUAGUGCAUCUGAUAUUGUACGAGCAAUUGAAGAACGAGUAUUCGAGGCUGUAGCUGAUCAAACGUUACCAGCUCUGUAUGUUCUUGAUUCAAUUGUUAAAAAUCUUCGCACAUCAGCUUAUGUUCAAUUAUUUGAAACAAGAUUACCACAAGUAUUUGCGAAUGCAUUCAAUAAAGUUGAUGAACGAACUCGAUCUGCUAUGUAUAAACUCCGUCAAACAUGGACACCAUUUUUUAGUAAUUUAGCAUUGUAUAAUCUCGAUACGAAAAUACAUCAGAUUGAUCCUGCUUGGCCAGUAACAGCCAAAGUACCAGAAUCAACAGCUGGUCAAACAAUACAUAUUAAUCCAAAUUUUUCACAAAGAUCUAACACAAUGCCGAUUACAGUGGCUAUACCAUCAGCCGAAGAAACACGAUUAGCCGAAUAUCGUGAUCAGUUGACAAAAAUGCAAAAAAAUGAUAUCGAAAACAUUUCGGCUCGAGUAAGAAACCAACAAACACAAGACGUGAAUCAAAAUUCUACUAUGCCACGAUCAAAAAUCACUGAUAUCGAUUCAUCACUAAUGAAUGGACAACAACAAUCAUAUCAUAUGAUUCCUAUUGAACGUAUGCAAGAAAUAAGAGAAAAAACUGAACAUGUAUUGAACACCGGUCUUGAUGGUGAACUGAAAAAAAAGAAAAAACGCAAAAGGAAGAAAAAAAAUACUCGUCUUCGACGUCGACCGUCACAAUCAUUAGCACAAAUCGAUUUGAUUAGUCAGUCAUCAUCAGAAGAAGGUACAGAUGAUGAUGACGACGAUCAAUCACAAACUGAUACUUUACAAUUUAAACCACAUGUACGUGUAACAACGGUGAGACCGGCUGAUAGUACUAGUGGUGGAAUAGACCAUGAGUUAGAAGAAUUAUUCGGCGGUAAAGAUAUUGACUAUCGUGAUUCAACUAAACAGCAGAAAUCAAUAGCAAAUCCAAUAGAUGCUCAACUUGUGUAUGAAAUGAAUGCUAAACGUUUAUUAUUAGCUGAACAAAAAUAUAAAGCAAAAGAAAUGUCAUUAAAAGAAUAUCAAGGAACAUUAGAGGUUUUAAAACAAAUAUUAGAGAUUGAAGUGAAAAGAUUAACAACAGAAGAUAAUACGCCAAAUCACAUUCUAGCCAAUCAUCAUCCCAUAGCAUCGCAACAUCUCCAUCAAUCAGGUCAUAUUUUACCUGCACAAAUACCCAUACUGCCAAUGCACAUACCGGGUGGUGUAACUCCUUCCAUAUUUGGCCCAAACUAUCCACUUAUCUCCGAUGACAUUCGAAUGCAUGUAAUGCAAAUAUUAAAUUCAGCUGGACCAAUGAAUUCACACAUAAUAUCAACAGGAUUAAACCCCUUCUCACACAAUAUAUUUACUACGUCCAUGCAUCCAGCAUUUCAUCAACAACAACAGCAACAACCACUGGCUCCUUCAUUACCCCCAAUAAUUCCUCCCCAAAUCGCUGCAACAUUGGCCUCGUUAACCCAACAACACCAACAGUUCGUUGGUCCUCCUCCUCCCCCAUUAAACUCAACAAUACCUCCUUGGCCACAAACAACCAUAGCACCAGUAAUUCAAACACCCGCCAGUAUAAUAGCAUCAGCAGUUGCUACUUUCGCAAAAGUACCAUCAACCAGUGCUCCCCUAACAAAUCCUACAAAUCCUAUUCAAAUACCAUCUUCGGGUAUUCUGCCACUAGCAUCAACAGUACAAACCACGUCGCCUUCGCUCGAUGCCACAAUUCACCAAUUGUUUCAGAACGAUCCAGUCAUUGUCAAGCGUUUGCAAACAUUUUUCGAUCAUAUCCAUCAGCGUGAACUGGAACGUUUGAGAUCUAAUUUACCACCAAUUACAACUCGUUUGUCACAUGAUCCAAAAGAGAGUAUCAUAGAAAUUGACGGGAAGACGUACGGCGUUCGUCUGAACCAUUCUCAUUGUAUUACGUUGUAUGGACAGAAGUAUGAUUUCUACUGUGAUUUGCCUUCGAAACAAAUCCGCAUCAAUAACAAACACGUGUUUACAAUGGGUGAUAAGGAGCGUCGAGUCAAACUGCCAGAUAGUGGUGGUCGUGACAUAUUGAUGAUGUACAUGGGUCGACAAGUCGAUGUUUGGCUCGAUUCGUAUCCGUACGAGUUGCGAACUGACACACCGCCAAAAUAUUUGAACAUGAACAAUCGCCACAUCCGAAUUCAAAUCGAUAGCAGUAAGAAUGAAAUUUACAUCAACGAUCGAUAUGUGGCGAAUCUCGACGAUCAACCUCGUCUAAUACAAGUGACGCAUCAAGAUAAUUCGACGACGCAGCACGAGAUUCGUUUUACACCGCCACCGAAAACGAUCAUGAUCGAUAGUCAGCCGAAGACGAUGCGUUACGAUCUGAAGUUUCCGUGCAUCGAAAUUGAUGGAAAAUUUUUCGGUAUUCGCUUUACGGGUCCACCACGCGAGAUCUACGUGGACAAUGUCGCUCAUCGUGUUCCGUUCGAUAGUUGUUCGACUCGAAUUCAUCUCGGUAAACGUGCACACGAAAUAGCUUGGGGUGGUCCAGGAUUCGAGGUGAUAAUCGAUGGACAUCCGUACGAGAUUCAUUUCGAUCAGUUGCCACGAGAGAUAUACAUCGGUGGUCGACCUCACUCCAUAUCGAUACACGGUCAACCACCUGAAGUCAAAAUCCUCGAUGAGCUGCCGUUUUUGGAUACGAAAGGUGGCGUGGGUGCAUUGACAGCGCUCGUGCAACUGUUCAGUUCGAGACAGCAGACGUUGAACAUUCAAGAAAUCGAGAUGUUUCUGAAUCUGCUGCGAUCGGGUUUGUUGACGCCGGACGACACCACCUUGUUGUUCAGUAACAACGACGACAACAGCAGACGAGACAGGGGAUCGAGACAGAGUCCGAAACGUUCGCAUGACGAUGAUCAAGGUUUUGAUGAUGAAAAUGGCGAUAGAAAACGAAUGAAGUCGAGUGCAAAGUUUGAUGAAGAUAAUUAUGCGCCAGUGCCUGAUUUAACGGAGGCGAAUGUAACAAUGUUGAAGAAAAAAUACGUUGGUAUUGUUCAACAAUUGUAUUUAGGCGUGUUUCAAUGUCGUCUGUGUGGAUUGCGGUAUACAUCGAAACAAAAGCUAUUGUACACGCAUCAUCUCGAUUGGCAUUAUCGUGAAAAUCGUCAAGAAAAAGAGCUAGGAACAUCGUCGUCGUCACUGUUGUUGCAGCGCAGUCGAGAUUGGUAUUGUACAUUACAAGAAUGGACAGAAUAUGAGGAAACAAUUGAGGAAAAGGACUUACGAAAUGAAAAUUUAUUAGGAUUAAAUCAGAAUCAAAAUGCCAUGGGUACUGAUAGUAUAAAUACACUGGAUAUUAGUUUUCUUACGAAUGGCACUACUGCGAGUAUUACUAAUGACGCAUUAUUGGGACUGAAUAAUGGUGGCGGCAGCGUUUCAUGCCCAGCUGCAAGUGGUCAAGACGAUCGAUGCUGUGUAUGUGGUGAUCAAUUUCAAAACUUUUUCGAUGAUAACCGCGAUGAAUGGCAUUUGAGAGAUGCAAUUCGAGUCGAUGGAAAAACAUAUCAUCCAAUAUGUUAUCAAGAUGUUAAAGCAGAAAUUACGAGCAAUAAUAUUACGCCUAUGAAUAUUAAUAACAACAGCGAUAGCACGACAAUUACUUCCAUAGAACCUGUGCCAUCCACACCUACAUCACUAUCUUCUUCUGAUGUAAAUAAGACGAAUACUUAUAUAUCUUCAAUGUCAUUUGUUGAAUUAGUCGAAAAUAUUUUUAUAAAAAAAGAAGAUUUAAUCAGCAAAUCUCCGCCACCCGUAACUCCAACAAUAAACUCUGAAAAUAAUUCAUUUAAUGAAGUGAAUGAAGAUAAAAUAAUAUCGUCAAUGAAUAGUGAUAUGUCUUCUUUGACAACAGAUAUAAAACUUGAAACUGAAAUAAUUGAUGUAAAAGCUCAAACAGUCAAAAUUGAAUCUGUAUCAACUGGAUAA